AAUCGAGAUCGUCGAGCAUGGAUUUACUGCGGCGAAUUCGACCAGCGUGCAGACUCCUCGACAAACGUGUCAUCAUUAUUAUCCCCUUCUCAUCGAGGUAACGCUGUUUCGCUUUCAGAACGUAUCACUCGUCGGCAGUACGAGCGAGACAGCAACAACAACAACAACAAGGACGGUCAGUAGAAAAUAAUAAGCGACGGUCAGUAGAAAAUAACAGCGAUAACCGGCUGAGCAGAGAGAAGAGGCUUGCCAUCGACGAGGCGACGAUCCGAAGAAUCGAGAAACUGGCGUUGGUCGGCUUCGAGUACGAACAGAGUAAGCGGGUGCUGGAGGAGGCGGUAGCGUUCGCUGAACGGCUGCGGACGGUCCACGUCGACAAGACGGUACGUCCGAUGUACAGUACCCUGGAGAACGAGCACAUCCGUCUGCGGGAGGACGUGGCGCGACACGACGUCGAUCGGCGCGAGAUACUGAGGAACGCCGCGGUGCUACAGGAGGAAUACUUCGUUGCGCCGUUGACGACGAACAGGAAGACAGAGAGUGAGUGA